UAGAUGGUCCCUUCUUGCCCUCCUCUAUACUCGUAGGAUGUAGAGCAGGUGAGCAAUUGCCUGGUUCUGGGCGCACCUAGAAAAUGCUACGGAGCCUCCAGGUGGCAAGGACCUCCUCUGUAGUUUCCAUUCUUCUCCUGUUGUAUCUAUUCCAGGGCCUCCAAGGACUCUAGGAAAAUUUUCACUGAGCCUGGUCAGCUGUGGGCUUCCUUCCCAGGCUUUGCAGGCAGGAUCAAAUGGUUGCUGGUCCCCAAUAUGACUUAGAAUGUUUUCCAGAGGCUCAGGCAGGCCAGGAUGUCCUUAUCUAGUCUCUUCUGUCAAAAUGGCCACUUCUGGCCUCCUGAGAGAAACUUGGGAAAUUGAUGGACACUCAUUUCUGGAAAGGACCCUGGAAUGACUUGAAAGCAUCAGUGUAUUUGUAUGUAUUUGUGGAACCCUCUGUAGUCCGUUCAGGAAACUUGGUGCCCUGUGUGAACAGAGAAAGGUGAGUCAGUGUUUUUUAACAACAAUGAUAAAUCAUAAUUGUUGUAAUAAGCACCGUCACGGUGAUGAAUGUCAGUAAUGAUAAUGGUCCUAUGAUGGGAGCAAUAGCUCUCCGUUCCCUCCUUCCACGUCUCCUGUCAACUAUCUAAGACUGUUGUCUCUACUGUAUUGUUCUGUGUAUUUUUUUAUAUGUUUUAAUCCUUCUUUAUUGAAUUAAAUCAUAACAUUAUUUUUGUCAUAUCAUUUCCUUUGUUAUCUUUACCGUUAAUGUGGAUUUUUUAAGUUGCAGACUUGUCUUUCACAGUUUUCAAUUUCUCUCUGAUCCUUUCAAUAGUUUUUACUUGAUUUUUACUUAAUUCUUUUAUCUCUUGCUCAUUUUAAAGCCUGUCAUCCACAUAAAUGAAUGAGUUUUUAGCACUGUCUGUUCUCUUUUCUCUGCUCUCCCAAUAUGGUCUCUUCUCUUAAAUUACUAAUAAAUCUUUAUUUUACUUCAGAAGUUUUGGAGCCCUGUCAAGUCAUUUUUCCUUCUGAUGUCUUAUAAUUUCUUAUUUUCAUUCUUGUGAUAUGCUUUGAAGUUCUGUUAAUUAAGGUUUUUAAUAGUUUAAUAGUUUGUUUUAAGGUUUUUAAUACAAACUAUUAAAUUUUAUACACUAAUUUUAUACACUAAAAUUAUUGUAUAAUUUUUAUAAAUGAUGUUCUGCUCCAAGGCAAAGGAAUCUGAAUAUAAUAUUCAGUCUCUUUUCCAUGCCAGUCUCUCUUACACUUUAGUCUUUUUAAUAAUUACUGCUUUGGUUAUUUUUUCUAAGUCUUUUUCAUUGAGUUGGGUUCUCCUUAAGCCACAUGAAUUCAUGGUGAUAGUUUGGAGAAAGGUAUCAGCUCCCAUGGGGCUACCUUUAUUUAUAGUUCUCACCUACUGGUGACCUUUGAUGCCUUCUGUUUGGAAGCGUGGGGAAAGCACAGUGAUAGCUAGAUAUGUUCCUUGCCAUUCACAGGGCUGUUCUGUUUUGUGUGCAUAGGGGUUCCCUGGAUAUCUUUUAUGUCCUUAGAAGAAAAACUCUAAAAGUAAGAAAAUUAUUUUACAUUUCAAUUUAAAUCUGCCUUGAGGUCAAAACCUACCUAACCCCAUGGACAAUGCCUGAGUAGUCUUACUAGAUCUUCCUUCUCUUUUUGACUCAGUACGUAAACUGUGUUGACGGAGUAGCUUCUGGACAUUGUGAACUGUCCUCAGUAUUGACAGCCUUUCCCCAGUUAUCAGAUCCUUGCAUUAAUCUGAGGCUUUUCUUACAGAUCUGAUUGACAGUACUAUCCUCCUUGUUGGGUGACUCACAGAGGAAAAUAAGAGGAAACAGUGCCCAGAAUUCUAUUUCUCACCCCCACCCCCAGACAUUUAAAUCACCCUCCAGAUCCUUGGUCCCCUCAAUUCGCCCCAGAAGAUUCUUGUUCCUCUUCAGAGUGUGUGCCUACAACAGGCAGCGAGCGAGCCUGAGAACCACCCUGGCACUGCUUGUCUCUGGGAUGCGGACAGCAUUCUCCCUCCUGUGUAUCACAGAGAAGAUUCAGGUUUCCAGGGUCUGUCAGCUUUGGAAGAUGCUGGUUGAACAUUCUGCUCCAUGGAGACAUGUACCUGACAUCUUACAGACUUUGCCUGCUUAAUGCUGGGACUGUCUGUGAGUGAAAACCCAGAGAAAGACUGCUGGCAACUGAGUUAUUGACAAUGCAGCCAUUGGAAUCAGUGACGUUUGAAGAUGUAGCUGUAGACUUCACCCAGGAAGAAUGGGCCCUGCUGGACACAUCCCAGAGAAAACUGUUCAGAGACGUGAUGCUGGAAAAUAUCAGUCAUCUGGUCUUCGUGGGGUAUCAGCAUUGCAAAUUGGAUGUGAUUUUCCAGCUGGAGCAAGGUGAAGAGCUGUGGAUUGAAGGAAGAGGAUUUUUCCAAAGCCACAGUCCAGGCAGGGAAAGUGCCUUUAAAGAAGAAUUGUUAGCCACACAGCAUAUCAGCAAGAAGGACACAUCUACAAUCAUCCCAAUGCAGACAUUUCACGCUCCAGAGGAUCCCUGUGAAUGUAAUGAUUUGGGAGAAGAUUUCAGUCCUAGCUCCACACUGAGUCAACAUUUGUUAACUCACACAGAAAAGACACCCAAUAUCAGCAAAGAGUAUCAAAAAUCCCAUAGUGACCAGUCAUACCUUAAUCCACAUAAGCAGAUCCACACCAGAGGUAAAUCAUGCGAGUGCCAUCUGUGUGGCAAAGCCUUCAGCAAUUGCUCUAGCCUUAGAAGACAUGAGAUGACCCAUACUGGAGAGAAACCGUAUGAAUGCCAUAUCUGUGGGAAUGCCUUUAUUCAAAGCUCUGACCUUAGAAAACACAAUCUGACUCACACUGGAGAGAAGCCGUAUGAAUGUCAUCUCUGUGGAAAAGCCUUUAGUCAAUCCUCCAACCUCAGACAGCAUGAGAGGACGCACACUGGAGAGCAACCGUAUGAAUGUCAACUCUGUGGGAAAACUUUCAGUAAAUGUUCUGCUCUUAGACGUCACGAGAGAACUCACACUGGAGAGAAACCGUAUGAAUGUCAUCUCUGUGGAAAAGCCUUCAGUCAGUGUUCUGCCCUUAGGCGACAUGAGGGAACCCACAAUGGAGAGAAAAUUAUGAAUGUCUUCACUCCUUCCACACAGCUCAGCUCCACUCCUUCCAGCUUCCCACCAUCAGCUCUCUUCAUCCACACCCUGGUGGCAGUGUUCAGCCCACUGGCUGGUUUCUCAGGCGCCUGACCCUGGCCCACCGUAUGGACAGUGUCAUGGACACCUAGUGUGAACCGCUAAGUAGUCCCCAGCCUGGCUCUGCCCUGGGGCAGCUACAUGGGGCCAGAGAGACGCAGCUCUGCUGUUCCAGGCCAAGAACACUCCUUAGGAAGAUUUUUCUGUGAAGCCUCUGAGUUGAACUAAUUGGGGGCAGAGUUCAUUGUACAACCCCAUCCCACAUUUUAUUCAGGUGAGUCCUUAGUUAUGCACCUACUCAGCCUCCAAACAGGCUGCUGUGCCACCCUCCAACCCCCCCAACACACACACAGUGGCCCUGGAAAGAAGACCCAAGCAAUAUAAUAUCCCCUAACCUCUCAGAUACCACAGAAGCCCUUCUUAUCAUUAACUUAAUGUUCUUUUCCCCAAGCGAAAUGAAAGUUUUUCAAAGGAGGUCUCCCCUGCUUUUUGCUCCCAGGGCUUGGAAAUGUAUUGCCUUUCAACACACUUCUACACUGAGCCUGUAUCUGUAGGGGAGGUACUCUCAAGAGAAUACUAAGCAGAUGGGUGCUCUUCCCAAAACUAACACAAUCACCAAAUCAUGGUCUGAGGCCAAUUAAAUAAGCACAUCUCAGGGUGAAACAUAAUUUUUUUGAAAGGUGAUUCUACUGUUCAGCUAGGGUGGAAACAGGUCAUGUGUGAGGAUGAUGAGCAAAAUUCAACAUCUUGGUGUUUUGGCUGGAGAGGGAUCGGCUGUGAUCAGGGAAGUCCCUAUUAAUAUUUUUAAUAAACACAGGUGAAAGCCCAUAGUACUUUUAGCUCCAGAAUAUCUAUUUACUCCAUUUUAUAAUCUCUAUGUUGGGAAUUCCCUUGUGGUCCAGGGAUUGGGACUCUGCUCUCAUUGCAGAGGGCCCAGGUUCAAUCCCUGGUUGGAGAACUAAAAUCCCGUAUCCCAAGGGCACAGCCAAAAAAAAAAAAACCUCUUAAUUGAAACUCGUGAUUUGAUGAAGCAUCAUUUGCCUGUUUCCUUUACUUCUUGGAGCAACAUUGAGACAGUUGUUUAAAGCCUUUUUCUAGUAACUCCAAUGUCUGUCCUUCCUCAGGGACAGUAUCUGUUAAUUUUCUUUUUCUCCUAAGGAUGGGAUGUAUUUUCUUGUCUCUUUGCAUGAAGUACUGGAUAUUUUGAAUAUUACAAUGUGUCUAGAAAUGAGACUCUCCUGCCUUCCUGAGAUUUGUUGACAUUUGAUGUGGUUUGUGCUUAUUUGUUUAUUGAUUUUCUGAACUUUGUGUAAAAGGUUUUGUUAUGUAUGAUACACCAUUGAGGUCUGUAUUACUUUAGUGGCCACCUUGUGGUUUGAGAGAGAUCUCCUUAAACACUAGAGCCAAAACCAAAAAGCCCCCCCUCCACACAAAAUACUCUGCCAGUAUCACCAGAUCUCUGUGUUGGUGCUUUUUUUAAAGCUUAGCCAGGAAGUUUACAACUCUGUCUCACCCUUCCCUCACUGCUCGCUCUUACUAUCUUGCAUCACCGUGCAAGAUUUGAGGAUCCACCUUCUUAAACUGAGAAACUCUGUCCUUGUAUAUAUAUGUAACUACAGCGUGAGAUGAUGGACUACACCAAGGAAAGAAAACCACCAUCUGAAAACGCAGAGGUAGGUAGCAGAGAGGGUGGUUUUCACUUCCUGUGAGGUAAACAGCAGUGAGAAGCCUCCCCAAUAACAUGAACUAAAACCUAGUAAUAGGUAAGAAAGCAGGUCCUCAAAUCUUUUGAGAAGUUCUUCUAUAAGAUAUGUGUAAGAUCUAGAAACUCCUCUAAGUUUGAAUACAUGAGAUAUUGAAUGAUAGGCAGAACUGUCUAAAACUGGCUCUAGUGUUGCCUGAUCAGAGAAAAAGCCAUUCACGUGCAUGGGUCUCCCCUUACCCACUGCUCUGUAACCCUCCUCAUCACAAUGCCCAGGGCCUAGUCACAGUCUUAUUAUGAGCCAUCCAAGAGAACAACCUCCCAGUUUCUAGUCUUUUCCAUAUGGGAGGGCAACCUCCAGGUGAUAACUGUGCUGGACUCAAAAGAUUAAUAUCACCACCACAUUUAAUAUUCAAAGGUACGCCUUACUCAGUUUAUUAGUUCCUGAAGACAAAUCUGUCCUUUAGGGAAAACUAGCCCAGAGAAAGGUUACCAACUGGUGAUUCAUGAUCACACGCUUAUGGAACCUUCCGAAAAGCAUCUUUGAAUUGACCGAGAACUAUAGUUAUAUUCACGUUCUACUGCAUUGAAUAAAGACAAUAUUUCUUAGGGAUUUUCACAUUUUAAAAACUUUUAAUUACAGUGUUAUAAAUCAAACACGAUUGAGAUGAAAACAAAGUCAAUUUCCUCUUGCAGCCCCCAGGCAGUGAGAGCCCUCAGGGUCUAGAACAGCAGGAUUCGAUGGCAUGUCGGCUACAGUCAUGUCUGGAAUUCAAAAGAAAAACCAAUAAGAUUUUGGACAACCUAUACUAGAACUUCUAGUAUGAAAGUAGAAGGUGAAUUUAAAUGAUAGUAAUUACAAUAUUGAUGAUAUAGUAAUUAAUGAAAACAUUAAUGAUGGAAUAUUUUAGUGGUAAACAAAUUACAACUUCAUUAAUGUGAUAUAUGCUUAUACUGAAUUAUGCAGUAAUUAAUGAUACUAUCAAAUAAUGAAGUACUGUUAACAUAGUCUACUAAUAUAUCAGAAUUUGAAAGAUAUGUUAAAAUUUUAAUAGAAUGCUUUCUAACAUUCUCAGUAAUAGUUAUAUAAAAGUUGUGUGAGAUAUUAUUUAUUCAACAAAUAAAAUGAUAUUUCUCAACACCAGUUUUAGGUUUACAACAAAAUUGAGAAUGUACAGAGACUGCUCCUUCCCCCAAACCACACAGUCUCCUACAUUAUCAACACCACUACUAGAUGGUACAUUUUUUAAUAAAGAUGAACCUACACUGACGCAUCACAAUCAUCCAUGGUCCACAGUUUGCAUUACAGUUUGCUCUUGGUGUUGUACAUUCUGUGAAUUUGGACAAAUGUAUAAUGACAUGUAUCCAUCAUUAUAAUGUCAUACAGUAUUUUCACUGCUCUAAAAGUCCUCUUUGCUGAUUAACUUUUUAAAAAGUGUACAUUUACAAAAGAAUGAGUUAUCUGAAAUUAUAUUUUAAUGGCUUUUAAUUUUCCAUGUAAUAAAAUUAUUGUCACCAUUUAUUUAUGAAGAAUUCCUAGUAUUGGUUAAUGUCCUCAUCUGAAAUGUCAAGUAAUUCACACUUGGCAUACUUUACAUA